CAAUUAACUUUCGUGAAGUGAAAACACGCAGUGAAAAGGCCAAAGGUCUCCGAUGGAAACGCAGAAGAACUCCCGGACCUGACGACGCCCCGGCGGCGGCCUGUCGGUCACAAGGUAGCGGCUCUCUAACCAUGUGCUGCUUUAGGUCUAUCCACUCCCGAUGGGACCAUCAUGCUGUUUUAAAGAAGAAUUGAAACUAGCGUUUAAAAUAAUACAUUUGUGUUUACAAUGAGGUAACACAUCAAAUGAGAAGAAGGAUAUUUUUUUCAUAUAGCGUUACUUCUAUUGAGUUGCCCUCUUAUGGCUAUUAGAAAUAAUUCAAGUUUUCACUUUUCAGAAGGUUUCCCCUGCUACAGGCGUAAUAAAAGUGCGUUAUCACUGCCUUUUUGCCAAAUUAAAUUAGAAAUUACAAAUCUUUUCACAGCCCUAAAUAGUUAGUCUGUUAACUAAUCGUUAAGCAUUAUUAAAGAAAUGUUAAAAAUAAUAAUAUUCAAACUUAUGUAUCCCUUUAAAAAAAUAGCAUGGCCAUUAAAAAGUAAUGUCCAUUUUUUCAGAACACUGUUGUUCUUAUUGUGUUUGAAUUAUGUAUGCUUAUGUUUGGAGCCUGUCUGUAGCUGGUUGCGACGAUACAUAUCUGGGAAAUAACUGUCACCCAAACGUGAUUCAGAGGUGAUGAUCUAACUGCCGCGGACUCGUCUGUGAGCUCGCUGAUUGAAGAUAUUUAUAUAUAUUUUAUAUAAAUAUAUAUAUAUAUAUAUGUUCUUCUUGACAUUAUGCUGCUCGUCAGCGUGCGCACACUGCACUCCCUUUGCCAAGAACAUAGCCGACUUCAGGGAGGCUGGCGAGUGGGGGAGUGAGGAGGGACAGUAAUGUUUUCCUCUGGUCCUGAGGGGUCUCCUUCUCUAUAUAAGGACUGUGAGCCGCUCCGCAGCCACACAGCCAGCAGCAGCCUGGCGCUCUCACAAGGGAAUAAUACAGCUCUCCAGCGCGCGGAGGAAACUGCGCCGAAAUAUUCAACCGGAUACCUGAGACAGAUAGCUCCAAUCUUGGACGUCAUGCUUGUUGCUGUCCAGAGGGAGGUCAUAUGCACGGCCAGGUCGUGUCUGGGACUUAAACACAAUCUGCUGUCUCCUGCCGUCUGAAAGUUCAACCCAGACAGCGGAAGUGUCAGAAUGACCUGCGCUGCCAUGACCUGGAUCCCUGUCCUCUCCCUCCUGCUGUUGUGGGUCAGUGACUCAGCUUCCCUCUUCCUGCCCGACUCCAAUGAGCUCAGGCAGCUGCUGAGCCGCUACGAGGAGGCAGCGGACCAGAACAGCGGCAGCAACGCAGCUGGAAAUAGGACCCGACGUGCCAUCCGCUGGUCGGACCGCGAGGAGAUCCUCCAGCUACACAACAAGCUGAGGGGCUCCGUUUACCCCACUGCCUCAAACAUGGAGCACAUGGUUUGGGACGAUGAGUUGGAGCGGUCGGCCACUCAUUGGGCAGAGCAGUGUCAGUGGGACCAUGGGCCACACGACCUGCUCAUGUCUAUCGGACAAAACCUGGCGGUUCACUGGGGAAGAUACCGCUCUCCUGCCUUCCAUGUCCAGGCCUGGUACGAUGAAGUGAAAGACUACACCUAUCCCUACCCCCAGGAGUGCAAUCCUUGGUGCCCAGACCGCUGCUCAGGGCCGAUGUGCACCCAUUACACCCAGCUGGUCUGGGCAACCACUAACCGAGUGGGCUGUGCUGUGCACGUGUGUCCAAGGAUGAACGUGUGGGGAGAAACAUGGGAGAACUCUGUUUACCUCGUGUGCAACUAUUCCCCAAAGGGCAACUGGAUCGGCGAGGCUCCAUACCAGCAUGGCCGCCCUUGUUCCCAUUGCCCUCCCAGCUAUGGAGGAGGAUGUAGGAAUAACCAGUGCUACAAAGACGCUCAGCGCUCUGAGACGGAGGACAUGAAUGAGGUGGAGAAGCCUCAGGUUCCACUGCCACCUCGUACCACCCCCAAACCUAGACCGUCUGCUCCCAAGAAACCAGCAUCCAGACCCUCCGGUCCUCGGCCCACCACACCAAGGACGCCAUCUUCAAAGACUCCUGGCAACACCUUUCUUGCUCAAAACAUCAAGUGUGAGACGAGGCUCCGAGAUAAAUGUAGAGGUGCUGCCUGCAACAGAUAUAAGUGUCCUGCUAAUUGUCUGAAUAAGAAAGGGAAAGUUUGGGGAACUCUCUUUUACGAUGUGCAAUCAAGUAUUUGCCGUGCUGCUAUUCAUUUUGGUGUCAUUGACAACAACGGAGGAGUGGUCGACAUCACAAGGAUGGACAAGCUCCCAUUCUUUGUCAGAGCCACUAAGAAUGGCAUUGAGUCUUCCAGUAAAUACAAACCCGGGAAUGCCUUUGUGGUGGCCAAGAUGGAAGAAAUGACUGCUGACUGCUACUCCACAGUGACUGAAAUCUGCCCUUUCAAACCGCCCUACUCACACUGUCCAAGGAUCUUCUGUCCGGGCAACUGCAAGACUCAGCCUUCCUAUUGGUCGCCUGUAAUUGGAAACAGCGUCUAUACAGAGGGCUCCAGUAUUUGUAAAGCAGCCAUCCAUGCAGGUGCAAUCAAAGCAGAUGGCGGUUUUGUGGAUGUUCUGCCGCUGGACAAGAGAAAGAACUAUGCUGGCGUCCUGAAAAAUGGCAUCCAGUCUGAGAGCAGGAGCAACACAGAGGGAGGCUCUUUCCGGGUCCUGGCUGUGAGGGAGUGAGACUUCUGAUCCGACUCUCACACCAACAAAGUCACCUCAGCUGCUCUGAAGAGCAGGAAGUGCCCACAGGUUGGAAACCAUGGCUGUUCUUUCGUCUCUGUGCCUUCAGUGGAAGCCGAACGAUCCAGCAGAUUCAUAAACAAUAGCCACCAAGUAAAAGUUAUUGUCCAAUAUUUUGAUGGAACCAGAUAUAGAUAUUUCCACAUACGUAAUUAAUCUGUAAAUACAGAAUUAUUUACAUAUUAUGAUGCUUUGAACAGCUGGUGCUGUACGUUUUGAUUUAGAUGUGUUUUACUGAAAGUAUUUUGUUUACAUUAAUGUUCCUAUUAUAAAUUCAGAUUGGUUUUCUAACACAGGAAUGUAUACUGAUCACACUGUAUUUAAUCGUUGUGUACAGAAUAUGUGAUAUUUUGUUUGUUUUAAAAAUGGAGUAACAUAUAUUUACAUUCUGAUUUCAUAUUUAAUUUGAAUGCCUUUUUCUGCUCACCUGGGUACUCUUUGCUUUCUGCUCUUGAGGAUUUGGCCUGUGAAACCAAAUCUAUGCCUAGAUUGUAUUUAUAAAGAAAGUGUUGAUGUUUUAUUUGCUGGGUAAACCAGAACUCGUCAAGCAGAUUAAAAAGGGGAGGAAAUAGUGAGGUCAUCGGAAGUGUUUCCAGGCAGUAGCCGGCUGUGCAUAGAUCAUGUUUCCUUCGGAAGGCUGGUGUCACGCCCAGGGCCACACAGGUGCAGGUGAUUUAUUGAAGGAGUCACAUAACUAGGUACAAUAUAUAGUAUAUGGUAGCUGCAGAUGGCGCCUCAGAAUCGUGGCAAUAUUGUACAUGUAUUAAAUAACAAUCGCAGACAGUAAACAUGUUAAAGAUAAUAUGCAGUCAUCUGUCAUUUCAUAUUUAUUAUUGCUCGGUGCUUUUCUCAUUUCCUUAUCUCUGCUGUUUCUGUAAGAUUUAUGAAAAUGCUAAAUUUGUCCCCUGCCUAAGACAGAUGAAUGUGUCACAUGUUUCAGGUCAGAAAGAGUUGCAUGUAUCAAGACGAGCCCAUAUCUUGUGUUCAAAUAUUUUCAUCAUCAAACUGAAGUUUUUUAACUUUGGAACCGUUUACACUCUGCAGUGUAGGCGUGAUACACACCUGAAAUUAAACUGAUGUACAGUCCGCCAAUUUGUACUUCAGGACUUUUGUACCAAUAAUUGUUGUCACUGUUUGUUUCCUUUAGGAUGCAAAAUAUGCAAACAGAAUUUUUUCAAAAUACAAGAAAAAGCUGUAAAUAUAUCACAAAUACCUGGCCAAGCAAAACAAAGAAUCUUUAUUCCUUUAUUCUACCUCAGUCCUAUUGCUAAGCUCUGCAUUUAAUUAUUUUCUAUAUUGGGAAUUUUUAUGGGAAAUGUUAAUGGUUUUGUAAAGUUUUGGGAAAUGUAAAUACCAUGUUUGUUUCUGUUUUUCAAUAAUCCUUAAUAAAUAAGAUAUAAUAAAAAUGUUUAAAAUUGA